AUGUCCUGCCAGCAGAGCCAGCAACAGUGCCAGCCCCCUCCCAAGUGUGCCCCCAAGUGCCCUCCCAAGUGUCAGACCCCAAAGUGCCCCCCAAAGUGUCCUCCUAAGUGUCCCCCUAAGUGUCCCCCUGUCUCUUCCUGCUGCAGUCUGGGUUCCGGGGGCUGCUGUGGCUCCAGCUCUGGAGGCUGCUGUGGUUCCAGCUCCGGGGGCUGCUGCAGCUCUGGCGGUGGUGGCUGCUGCCUGAGCCACCACAGGCCCCGCAGAUCUUUCCGUCGCCAUCGUCAGAGCUCUGGAUGCUGUAGCAGUGGUGGCAGCAGUGGCUGCUGUGGCAGCGGCGGGGGCAGCAGUGGCUGCUGUGGCAGCAGCGGGGGCAGCAGUGGAUGCUGUGGUGGCAGCAGCGGUGGCAGCAGCCAGCAGUCUGGGGGCUGCUGUUGA